AUGCACGGGAGGGAUCCCGUGCAGCCCUUCCAUUUGGCUUUCGCGAACCAGGAGCCGCUUUGGAAGUCAGACGAACUCCCACAAUGGCGCAGGAAACAGUGGUUUACAACCAAUCGGAAGCUAGUGAAAGCCCAGUUACUCCAAGGGCAGAACCGAGAUGCGACCUCUCGAGACAGUCAGCGGAAAGUUGACUUCCAACCCGCAGAUUCCGUAUGGGUCUACCAAUACUUCCAUAAGACGACACACCCUGACGACAUCAGAGUCCGAAAGUUCGCCUACCACUGGCACGGGCCCUACCGAAUCCACUGUCGACAAGGGGAGAACACGUACCGAAUUUACUUACCUACCCACCCCGACCGAGUCGUCCCUAUCAACGUAGACCGGCUCAAGGCUUUCCGAGGUUAUUGGACUCGCCCGUUUAACGACGAGGUCCCGGAAGGAUACCAAGAGACUGAUGGCUCCUGGGAGGAGGCCUGCGACGUCCUUCUGGGCGACGAUCUGCUUCCAGACUCGAGCUUCAUCGACCGCCUUGAGUUCGCCGACGGGGACGUGGCCUACACGAACACCCCUACGCCCAUUGUCAAGGUCCUGGACAAGAGGCGCACGGCGCCCGGGGAGCCCGAAUACCUGGUAAGGCAUGCGGAUGGAGAAACCCAUUGGACCCCGCGAUCUCGGCUUACCGAUUACGAGUCGUUCAUCUCGGAAUAUGAGAACCUGGAACGCUCUCACCAAGGCCUUCCUACCCUACGUCGCAGCCCCAGACUAGCGGAACUCGACGUGGAAGCCGUGGUUCGCGAGUACUAG